UCAAAACUAUUACGUCACACCAAGCGGACAAGGAAGUGAACAAGUUCGGACGGAAUUGCAUCUGCGUGGCGUGACGGGAUUUGUGUUCAGCGUCCAUUUUUUCAGGAGAGAAAAAUUGUUUUGACAUCAAAAUGGCAGAUAUGAGGAGUGAAUGGGCCAUGUGGGCUAACGAGCAUGGUUUCGUGAGCGGAAUUGUAAUGCUGAUGGGAGGAAUUACUGGCGUCUUUGGAUUUGAUGGCUUUGAAUUUGCAGCCUACACCAUUGCUGCCGGUGCCUUUGUCACCUUGCUGGAGUACCCUCGCAGCCAACGAAGGAAGGGAUCGCUGGUACCUAGAAGGUUUCAGCACAUCCUUCAUCCUAUCAUGAACUGUGGAGGACCACUCACCAAAAACUACUAUGUGCGUUUUGUCUUGUAUUUGCUGAUGUCGGUACCUAGCACUUUCACCCUGCCAACCAUCCUGGGCGGGGCGUCCCUCUUCGUUGGCGGCCUAAUCUACUUCCGAGCUGCCCUUGGUGGCGAGGAUUGGCAUGUGGACAGUGCCGAAUUGGCCCGUCAGAAGACACUGACUAACCGCCCCCCUGCUAACCCGCCACCCCGCCCCCCACCUCAGGGAGCUGCCAAGCCUGAUGACAAGUUUACUGAGAUUCCCCUGGGAAAUAUCAACGGUCAGUAAAAAAAACAUUUUUACUUCAGAUGGUAAAUGAAAAACAGUGAUUUGGAAACUAAACUUAAAAACCACUUUAAUUAGAUGAUUUUUAAACAUUCCACAUUUUUAAUCAAAUAUUUUAGAAUUAUACACAGCAUUAACAAUGUAAACACUGGAGGUUACUGUUUUGAUAUACAGUGAAUUGCACAUGUACAUGAAAUGCAAUCACCUGCCAUUAGUACGUGUACUGAACUUGUACAGUAGUGAUGUUUUUAAAAACAUGUCUAUUUUUUUACACUACUUAUUUUUUAUGCUUUUUAUAAUGUUGAUGUGAAUAUUGAGAUCAGGAAGUUUAAAUUAUCCAGGUAAAAUGCAAUAAUAAUUCAACUUCAGUUGUGUAUGCUUCUUUCAUUUUGUUUGUUUGCUGGUCAUAAUAUAGAAAGUACUGUUGAAAACUAACUUAAAGGGCAUAAAAAAGUCACACAAGUUGUUUUGUGAAGGUACCUCAUGUACGUGUUACUGUACUUGUGCAGUGUGAUGGUAUUACUUCCUGUCUGCAGUGAAUCAAUGAUGAUGCACUUUUUCUAGUUUCUACUAGGCAUUAUGUCUUUGGUUGUGUAGUGUUUCAAGGAAGCUGGUUUUCCUGGAGAGAUUUUUAUUAGAGUUCUGUAUCUGUGUUGUGUGGUUCUGCAAACUCAUCUCCUGUAUUUAUUUUGCCUGUUUUGUCCAACUUCUAAAUGUGACAUAUUUGUAUUUGUUGCAUCGGAGGUAAUACCAAACGGGCGUGACUAAACUGUAGUUGGAGGGUAGUUGUAGGGUUAGAAUGCAGCUUGUGCCCUUAAUGUAAAGUUAAUUUGUGCUAUUAAAGGUGAAGCAUCAUUCCCGAGGUCUGCCCAUUUGGGUAUCAUUGAAGAAGUGAGUCCUUUAAAAGCACUUUAAACCUUUAGAGUUUGUCACCGUGUUACCCUUCUACCAACAGAACCCUUAAGAUUUUCUCCGAGUUGUAAUAAAUUAAUGCAAUCUGCCCUCCAU